CCUCGGUGUUAAUUAUGGCUCCUGUGGUUCCGAUGAUCCGGUCCUGAUGUCAGGAAAGUGAAACUGAAGGAAACGCAACUGGGUCGCUAUAAAAAGUCUGGCCGGCUUGCGAGCAGCUCAGACCGGAGAUGGGCGUCCAGGGCUUGGCCUCCUUCCUGGACAAACACCAGAACAUUUACCGGGAGGUUCGGUUCGGCCGGAGCCGCCUGCUGGUCGACGGCUGCAACCUCAACUACCUGCUGUACUUCAGCUCAGGUCUGGAUCAGAACCACGGCGGGGAGUACGCUGCCUACGUGACUCUGGUUGAGAGUUUCAUCGCAGCUCUCAGGUCCUGUGACAUCACUCCCUACGUGGUUCUGGACGGAGGUUCUGAUGUCACAGACAAAAAGUUGGAAACGGCAGCAAAGCGGCGUGAGGACCGGAUCCGGAAAGCCCAUGAAGCAGCGGCCAGCGGUAGAACGAUGUGCAUCCUGCCCCGAAUGGCCGAGUUGGUCUUCAUACAGACGCUGGCCCGGCUGCAGGUUCCGGUGGCCCAGUGUUUUGCAGAGGCUGACCAGGAGAUAGCGGCGCUGGCGUCAGAAUGGCGCUGCCCGGUUCUGUCCAACGACAGCGACUUCUUCGUGUUCGACCUGCCGGGGGGGUUUCUGCCCAUCAGCCACUUCCACUGGCGGGAGGUGAGGCAGAGCGGCUCCCGGAGCUCCGUCUCCUGCAGGAGGUACUACACCUCCAGCUUCUGCAGCUUCUUCGGACUCCGGCGCCAGCUCCUGCCCGCCUUCGCCGCCUUGGCCGGUAACGACUACGUGAAGCUGAGAGGGAUCGACUGGACUCGGUUCGUCCAGGCCGGUACCGGCACAGAGGCCUGCGGCCGCCUGGAGGGGCUGCUCUGCUGGCUGAAGGGGCUCCAGGAGUCCCGGGGGCCCCUGGAGGUCCUGGAGGAAGCACUGGGCCUGUUGGGGGACCUGAGCGGGGACAAGCGGGAGCUCCUCCAGAACCUGCGUCUGGGGAUGGAGGAGUACCAGCUGGGUCGGAGCGCUCUGAGCCGCUUCUUCCUUCAUGGAGCGCCGCCUGAGUUCCCAGCACUGGAGCAGGAAGCGGGCCUCGUCCCCGGCUGGAUGCUGCUGCCCGUGACUCAGGCCCGGCUCUCUGGAAACGUCCUGGACGUCCUGCGGCUCCUCAGGAUGAACCUCGGUUUUGGCAUUGAGACCCAAGAGCUGCCCAGCGCCAACCAGACCUCCCGGCCGCUGCGACAGGUGAUGUACGGCCUGCUGCUGGGCAAAGACAGGUCCAGCCCAGUGGUGGAGUUUGACAGAGCGGGUCUCGGGCCGAUAUCCGUCCCAGUGGAACCAACGUUCACCAGAACCAGCCAGAGGCUCAGACUGGACUCCCUGCCGCAGGUGGCGCUCUCUGACCGUCUGAACGUCCUACUGGAAGCUCUGGGAGUGACCCAGGAGUCUCUGCGCCUCCUGCCGCCUCAGCUGCAGCUCCCAGCAGCCGUCAGCUGCUACUGGCUGCAGACAGCUCAGCCUCCUCCAGACCUGCAGAGGGCGCUGCUGCUGGGGAUGAGCAACACGCCGAGGUCCACAGCAGCUUUUCAGAAUAAGAGCGGCAUACAGAAGGUGGACGUCGACGUGUCUCAUGCCUUCAGCCAGUGGCAGGCCUGCCUGAAGGACGCCGCGCAGCUGAACCAGCUGCUGGGUCUCCCUCUGCCAGAACCGGACGUCUCCAGGUUGUAUCAGGGGACGCUGGUCCACCAGCUGGUCCACAGGAUGAGGAGCGGCGGGAAGCUGAAGACCGUCCUGAGGAGCGACCGGCCCAGCGAGGAGCUGUACCGCUCCCUGCUCUCUGUGGUCCGGCGGAUCCGGACCCGUCGGACCCGUCAGACCCGUCAGAAAGCCGCGACCCGUCGGCAGCAGAACCCCCCGGAGCCGAGCGCCGACCUGCAGCGGCUGUUCCUGCAGGACGAGGAGACGGAGAGCGAAGCUCGGGCCGCCGUGGCGAUGCAGGAGGAGCUGCGGCUGCAGGAGGAGCUGCUCCAGGUCCGAACCCGCUACAGAACCAAGGAGAGGAGCAACCGGAGCAAGAACCCGGACCUGGCCCGGAAGGAGGAGUGUCGGGGCCGGGACCUCCUCUGACCGUCCAGCUCCUGCUGCUGGGGGCUUUGAGGGUCGCCAUGGUUACCUGCUCUGGUCGCCAUGGUUAC